AUGAUAACCACAGUUUUGUAUGUUUUAUUGCUGUUGCAGGCAGCCGCGCAGGGUGAAGGAGUCCCUCUGAACGUCACCGCUCUCUCAUCGCGCGAUGGCAUCUCAGUGAUACAAUGCUGGCAACUCGCUGCGAUUCCCGAAGAAGCCCGCUCAGCCAUGAACUACGACUUGGGCGACAUGGAAAAGGCAUCAUGGUCCAUCAUCCAGCCGCGUACAACUGUUGGCGAGGCUUGGGCUCCUAGAGUUCAACUUACAAUGGUCCUCAACGGCCUGAUACGCAUCACAUCGCCAGCCCCAGUUCCCAACGCGUCGUCAUCCAGCCCGCGUCCGGUGGCAGGCUCGAUGGCGGGCGGCGCACCGGAGGCGACGCAAACGGCUUACAUGGUGCCUGGCACGGUGGUGUCUUCUAUGGUCAUUGCAGCGGAUAUCAAGGCUGUGAGCAAAAUCAGAGGGCAUUUCACCGAGUUUCCGAGUGAUGAACCGACGGUGUUGGUGCAAAUCCCAUUCAAAGGGGACAGGGCUCCGGAGCACAAGGUUCUCUAUGAUGGGCAAUGUCGCUCUGUGAUAGUGUACAUCUUCCGUCAGAUGGUCUGCGAUGUGUACUAUGACGAUGAGCACCAUUCUCCACUCCAGGGUAGCAACGGAAGAGACCGGUGCGACCGCAAUGAGAUCGCAUCGCGCACCGCUGCCCAGCUGGCCAUCCUAGCGGUGAGCACGACCCUAUGCGGAACCUGCAACCUUUUCAUCUCGGCAUGGCAGGCCAAGACUAUGGGGCCAAGAGCCGCUCUUAUGAUCCAGGUCUUCAUUCCUGGCAUUCGGGUGGCUGCCCAGAUCGUGGGUGUACUCCUCGGUGGGCAGAAGGGCAUUAUUACUUUCCAAGCCACGCAAAUCAUCACCACCUUUGGGGGCCCGGCAGGUUAUAUACUUCUUGUGAAUUCCAUUGCUAGCGAGUUGGUCGAUUCCAAGCAACGCACAGCCGUCUUUGCCGGUGGAAUGCUUGGCGAUUCAUUUGGCAUCAGGCGGCCUUUCGAGACGGCAUUUGUGUGCUUCCUCAUAGCCACGAUUUAUGUUCGCCUUGCUAUUCCGUAUCUACCACCAAGCGCCGAUGUAGCGGGCAAAAAUUCCCCAAAGGGUAUAAAAGGCUUCUUCGCGCCGCUCAAAGUAUUGAAACCACAAAAAUUACGCCUUGCAAACGGCCAGGUCAAGAAACACUACGGCAUGUUUUUCUUGUGCUGUGGCGUUUUUAUGGGUGUGCUGGCUACUGGUUAUGUCACAAUGCUUGUGCAACUAUACGCCUCUAAUGCAUUCGGCUUCACUCAAGCCGACAACGGUCGAUUAGUAUCUGGAAAUGCACUCAUGAGAGCUGGCUUCCUAACCUUCAUGUUCCCCAAAAUCAUCGAAUGGGGUAGGAAAUGGUUCAUCCAGGCCUCACCUACUCAGCCAUCAGAGGUCGAGGACCCGCCUCUUGAGAUGCCGACAGAGCCGAGACUGUUUAAUGCACCAACAGGGGUUCAAGGACAUGAUCAGUCGCCAGAACCCAUGGCUCCUGCGCCUGUCCAAGAAACGGCUGGACGCGGGUUUGACCUCUAUUUCCUUCGCUGGAGCUUGCUUGUCGACGCCGCUGUCACAUCGGUUUCAGCGUAUGCGACGGAGGGUUGGCACAUGUACAUUGCGGCUUUUCUGCUACCAUUUGCGUCCGGAACCGCGCCCGCUGCCAAAGGUGUCAUCACGGAAAUGUGCCCGCCUUCUCAACGUACAGAUGCUCUCGGAGCCAUCACACUUGUCGAGAACAUCGCGACCCUUUCAACUCUCAGUGUUUUCGGCUUUGUGUUCUCCACUCUAUCAGAGAUUGGUCAGGCACAUCUCACCUUUUUCCUCAAUGCGGCCGUCGCCGUUCUCGCAAUGAUUGUACUACUUUUCUCUCAUUUUCCUCCGGCGAAUAGCGAUCUUGUCCAAGAUGAAGUGGACGAUGUCAUUGGGUGCGACUGAGGACGGACAAUGCUGUGCGACGCGAACACAAAAUGAGGCUUGACAGCAUUGGUAGAGCUGCUUACGUACAACUAGUUUCGUAAGGUUCGUAUUGUGAAGACUAUUGGUUUACUUUUAGACUCAGCUAGCUCCAUAAAUCGAUACCCCCCUGGCUCAGACCUGGGCUGAUCCAUUACCAUCCUCGAACCGCCAGCUUCUCCGACUGCUGCAUGCUAUCGCAGUUUAUCCCGACCAUGGCCUCUCCCAGCCCGGUGCUAUACUCGGCAAGCAUCUUAGCGUCACGGAAGUGUGUGGUGGCCUGCACUAUGGCCUUUGCGCGCUUGGCAGGGUCACCCGACUUGAAGAUUCCGCUACCGACGAAAACACCAUCACAGCCGAGCUGCAUCAUCAGCGCUGCGUCGGCCGGCGUGGCGAUUCCACCGGCCGCAAAGUUCACUACCGGGAGGCGUCCCAGGUCAACAGUUUGCUUCAACAGCGCAGGGUCGCACUCAAGCUCUCGCGCAAUGGCCCGCAGCGCGGGCAUGCCACCCUCGUUUAGCGCAGCCUUUGCCCUUGCAAUAUCGGCCUUGAGAGUGCGCAUGUGGGUCACGGCCUGGACGACGUCUCCCGUGCCAGCCUCUCCCUUGGUGCGGAUCAUGGCCGCGCCCUCGGCGAUCCUCCUUAGCGCCUCGCCGAGGUUUCGGCAGCCGCACACAAAGGGGACAGCGAAGUCGGACUUCUCAAUAUGGUAUUUCUCAUCUGCGGGUGUCAGGACCUCGCUCUCGUCAACGUAGUCGACCUCGAGCGACUCUAGUAUCUGGGCUUCGACAAAGUGACCGAUACGCGCCUUGGCCAUGACGGGGAUGGUAACGGCGGCCUUGAUCUCGCGGAUCAUGGCCGGGUCGGACAUGCGGGCGACGCCGCCAUCGCGGCGGAUAUCGGCAGGCACACGCUCGAGGGCCAUGACAGCGCAGGCUCCAGCCUCCUCGGCGAUGCGGGCUUGCUCGGCGUUGGUCACAUCCAUGAUGACACCGCCCUUGAGCAUCUGUGCUAGACCGGCCUUGACGGCGAAGCUGGGGAUGUUGGAAGUGCCAUUGCUGCCAUUGGUGGCGGGUGCGGGGUGGCCGUUGCCGUUCGUGGAAGUUGUUGAGGCCAUGUUUGAUAUGCGAAUGAGGUAUGUGAACUGAGCGUAUCACAAUAAAGUAAGUCGAGGCAUCCUGCCCGAGUUAUACGCUGUGGGGUCAUGGAAUUGUUCCCAGCCGCUUUGGUAGCUUACCAGCUUACCUUGUACUGAGGGGAAAUUUUGCUAGGGAAGAAAAAAAAAAGUCUAAAAUCCAACGCGGGACGAAGUGGCGGAAAUGGGUGCCCAUGAUCGGACGCAUCAGGGAUUGGUGUGUUAGGCCACUUGGCUUGGGAAAUCAGGGCCCCCGAUUCCCGCCAGUCGGCGUCUGCUUUCAUGUCAAUCAAUGAAACGGAGGAGUCAUAUCGAUUCCUAUGCAGAGAGAAAUAUUUUCUCGAUCGAGGAAGGGUCUAGAAUCAAAUUUUCUUUUUCCGGGUGCUAGCCCACCAACCAGAAACGGCGGCUCGGCAUUCUUACGCAUGACGGUUGACGAAUUUUCUUAGGGAAAAAAUACCCUUACGGAAUACGGCCGUCGGAAUACGGGAUAUGUGCCCGUCAUAUACAGUUACACACCGUACGGUGAGGAACAUUCUUUGUCUAAGGCCCAGCGCCGGUCUCGCACCUACAAGGAGGAUACCGAAGCAGGAUUUCUAAUCACGACUCGUAACAUUCAUUACCCGACUUUUGGUGUCUACAUGGCACGGGUCUGGUUGUGCACGAUCAAAAUCGCUCAGCCGCCUCUCAAUGGCGGGGUGAUAUGCUUGAUGAUUGGAGUGCAGCAUCUUGUACUUGCUCUAUUCCAUGUGGCUGCAGGUGGCUGCUUGGCGUUUUUAUUUUCUUCUUCUGCAACCCAUUGCUGCGGAGAUGUAUCCUGCCUCGGCCUUGAUUGCUAUCGCAGAUCGACUUUGAUGGUUUUUAGUGGCCGCACUUGCACUUGACUCAUUUUAUUCCUUUUGCCGGUACAAGCCGCCAAGGUCGGAUUUUUUGGCCACCCUUACACCCUCUUAUGCAGCAUUUUCGUAGCGCAUCUAUCUCUUGUCAUCCAAAGGGCGCUUGCAUGGUCGAACAACACCUCGGCCAAGACACUCUAAGAAACCAUCCUUUUUACCGGAAGGGCGUAGCGCAUUUUCGCCUCUCGGCUCUUGUCUCUUUUUUGAUAACAUCUCCUGCCGUGCAUCAUCCGGGCUGUCCGGUCGCGCUCCGAGUUUACUAGCAAAGAAAGGCAAUUGAAUUUUUUUUUUUUUUAAUUUUUAAACAAAUUUUCUUUAUCUGCAUCGGCCACGAACCACCCCCC